AUGCUUGUGUUAGGAACUUUAUAUGCUUCUACCUUAUUCUUUUUUGGGGUAUUUCUCAGGUUGGCAAUUCUCGCGGAAGUUGGAGAAAAUUGUAGUGAUUUUUUGUCUUUACUUUCUUUUAUGGUUUAUGUAAGUGGAAUUACCGCUGUAAUUGGCUAUUUCGUGACCUUUUUUCCUAAAAAAUUUGAAGGCCGAGGUCAAAGAUACUGCCUUGCAAGAGUUUCCUAUAUCACUGGGCUAAGAAUUUACAUUUUUUGGUCUAUAUCUGCGUAUGGAUACUCAGGUCCUGAUUUAUUCAGCCCGUGAGACUCUAGCGGAAUGUUAAGGGCGCAUGGGCAGGUAAUUAGGUUUUUGGCUCCAGUUUUACUAGUUGUUAUGGUAGCGGUGGUUGUAAUGUCUAAACCGGAACGAAAUACGCUUCGUCGUUGAAAGCAUAGAAAACCGUAUAGAGCUAAAAGAGUAUAG